AUGGCCGCCUCAACCUUGUCUGUCUGUUCCAGCGACCUGAGCUAUGACAGCCGGGUCUGCCUGCCCGGGUCCUAUGACUCCUGCACCGGCUCCUCCUGGCAGGUGGACGACUGUCCAGAGAGCUGCUGCGAGCCCCCUUGCUGUGCCCCCAGCUGCUGCACCCCGGCCCCCCGCCUGACCCUCCUCUGCGCCCCAGUGAGCUGCGAGUCCAGCCCCUGCUGCCAGCCAGCCUGCAGCAGCUCCUGCCUGGCCUCAUGCUGCCAGCCGUCUAGCUGCCAGCCCUCCUGCUGCACCUCCUUCCCCUGCCAGCAGGCCUGCUGUGAGCCCGUCUGCUGCACGCCUGUCUGCUGCACGCCUGUCUGCUGCACCCCUGUCUGCUGCAGGCCCGUCUGCUGCAGGCCCAUUUGCUGCAGGCCCGUCUGCUGCAGGCCCGUGUGCUGCAGGCCCGUCUGCUGUGAGGUCUCCCCCUGCUCAGCCCCCUCAUCCUGCAGCAGACCCUCCUCCUCCGUGUCCCUGCUCUGCCGGCCCGUGUGCCGCCCCGCCUGCUGCGUGCCCGCCUCCUCCUGCCAGCCCAGCUGCUGCCGCCCGGCCUCCUCUGUGUCCUUGCUUUGCCGGCCCGUGUGCCACCCCGCCUGCUGCGUGCCCACCGCCUCCUGCCAGCCCAUCUGCUGCCGCCCGGCCUCCUCUGUGUCCUUGCUUUGCCGCCCCGUGUGCCGCCCCGCCUGCCGCCCCGCCUGUUGCGUCUCCGCCUCGGCCCCGGAGCCCUGCUGCUGA